AUGGAAGGUAGAGAAGGUACUAAUACUUUGCAUAGUAGUGGAGUAACAGUGGUGGGAUCAGAUGCUCCCUCGGACUACCAUGUGGCUCCUAGGACCACAGAGAACCCACCCCGGGUGAGUGGAUCUGCUCCACCUGUGACUGUGACUAUUACACCUCCAGAAAUGGGUGUUACUCCUCCUCCGUCCGCAGCUGCCGGAGUGGCUGGCGCCACCACUGUGAAGAAGAAGAGGGGUAGGCCUAGGAAGUAUGGCCCUGAUGGCUCAGUCACUAUGGCCCUCUCACCUAAGCCGAUUUCCUCCUCUGCCCCACCUCCGGUUAUCGACUUCUCUGCCGCUGAAAAGCGCGGCAAAAUCCGGCCUGUUGGAUCCGCUGGCAAGCCACAACAUCCCAGAAUGGAGUCUGAAAGUUUUGGUGAAUGGGUUUCGUGUUCUGUUGGUGCUAAUUUCACUCCUCAUAUCAUCACUGUUAAUGCUGGAGAGGAUGUCACAAUGAAGGUUAUAUCUUUCUCUCAGCAAGGUCCUCGGGCAAUAUGCAUUCUCUCGGCUAAUGGUGUGAUUUCUAGUGUUACUCUGCGUCAACCUGAUUCUUCUGGUGGUACAUUGACAUAUGAGGGUCGUUUUGAGAUACUCUCAUUAACUGGAUCGUUUAUGCCAUCCGAGACUGGAGGAAUCAGGAAUAGAUCUGGUGGUAUGAGUGUUUCUUUAGCUAGCCCAGACGGGCGUGUUGUAGGAGGUGGAGUUGCUGGUUUGUUAGUCGCCGCCAGUCCUGUGCAGAUUGUGGUCGGGAGCUUUCUGGCCGGGAACCAGCACGAGCCGAAGACCAAGAAACACAAACCCGAGUCUGUGGCUGCUGUCCCUACAGCUGCUAUUCCCAUCUCCAGUGCAGCGACAGAAGAACCAUAUCAAAUAUCAUCUUCUUUCCGUGGAGAUAGCUGGUCUUCAAUGCCCCCAGACUCGAGGAAUAACCCAACUGACAUCAAUGUACCUUUGCCUGGGUAG